CAGUGAAUAAUUACUAGGGAUUGGAACAAUAGAAAUUAGUUGGCAACGUUACAUUUUGAAUAGCGCUUCCACCUCAUUAAGCUCUUUUGUAGACUUGGAGGAAUAUAAUAAAUGUUAUACUUUUCCCAUGGUGUAAGAAUAGACAGAACAAUACCCUGCUUUAAAUGAGCGCUAGCAGAAAUCCAUAAUGUUAAAUUCUCCUAAGAACAUUUUUGUAUCUGUAUUCAUAGAAUAAUGCUUAAGAAAUCUAGGAGGUACUCGACUCCCAGUCCCUUUCAUUCUAUGCAGCAAGUUUUCAUGAGCUCAGAUAAUGCUGGGAAUGGGAUUAGUGAUACAUGGUUGAGGUGUACAUGAAUGUGUGUCAGGACUGCAGGUUCCAACAUUGACACCUCAGUAAUGUUCAGAUACAAACAUAAUACACUGAGUUUAAGGUUGAGUACAGGUGUGCUUUCAGUCUUUCUAUACAGUCUUCAAGAGUAUAAGGUGGAAUAAUAGAUUAUUCCUCAAGAGGAAAAUUCUCCAGCUAUUAAAAGAUUAAAUGUGCUGAAUGUGUGUUUACGAAAAAAUGACAAUAUCUAGUGCUUGAAUAUAACUGAAAUAUAUUCAUUCAUUUAUUCACUCAUCUUCAGUAACCAUGUUAACUUGGUCAGAGUUGCUGUGCAACUGAAAUAUAGCAAUAUAUAAAUAUCAAAGCCACUUACUUUCUUUCUUUUUUGGAAAUCUGUUAUGCCAGUCCUGAAACAAAUAUAGUGGAAGAUUUUUCACAAUGUACAACAGUAGCAUGGGUUCAGUGAUGUUUAGAUCUGGUGAUUAGUGAUGCAAUGGAAAGCAUAUGACCGGUGAAACCACUGCUUGACCUGGUGUUCAUGAACUUGUUUAGCACUGUAUGGAGCCGCUCCAGUCAUGGAAAAUGGGAAAAUCAUGAGGGGAACAGUUUUGCAAGCAUCUGACCCAAUGACUCCAACAUAUUGCUUUGGUUGAUUCCACCUUGAUAGCAUAAAGAUUACACUUCCCCAAAACAGUUUAUGCUCAAGUCUCACGCUUGCUAUUGUAGAUUUGUACCUCCGAACUGCUGCUCUAAUCAAAAAGAUCUUCCCAGGACACAUAUUCAAGAUAUGCUCCUACUGAACAUCCUUCAAUACAUUUAGUUCUGUUUGUCUUUACUCUUCUACACCUGUACGCUAUAAUGGUUUAUAAUCCCACUAGCCGGGGUGUCACCAAGAAGCAGACGAGUUCCCUUUUGAGUCUGGUUCCUCUCAUGUUGUCUCAGGGACGUUUUCCAAAUUAUAAUUGAGUUGUAUUGUAUUGAACAUGAUGGCUUUCCAUGACCAGACUUUGAUAUUGUAGGCUGUAGUCAUGCUUUGGCUUCCACCUGCUAUUGGAAAAAGAAAGGAAAUGAACUCAUCAGACCAAACUGCUUGUUCUGUUUCUCAGAGUUCCAGGUUAAUUUCCAGCUUUGUGAAUCUCACAACAUAAAGCUUUCACUGAAAUUAGGUCACAGAGACGCUAAAUCAACUCUGAUGUAAAUUGUUAAGCCAUAUCUGUGCAGUGUUUAGAUUAGUCUUACCUUGUUAAGUGUCCACAUACAACAUUUCUGUCUAUUCCUCUUUAGUGAUGCAGUUUGUCUGUGGUUGUGAGGCAGAAUAUUCACAUAAUUUUCAAGACUGUUCCCUUCAACUUGUCACAACAAGAUUUGCACACCAUUUUACCUCCCUUUAAUUCUUAAUUGUCAUCUGUUGAUUUAAAAACUGACAGGGUGAUGACAUCAGGAUGAUAAGUGCCGAGCCACUUUUAUAGCUGAUGUUACAUCACUCACUUCUCUAACUGCCUUUCAUCCACCCCAUUUAUGUGUAUUUCCCAAGUGAACGUGGUGUCAAUGCUGCACUUUGCACUGGUCUAAUGGAAAGAGCAGGUCUGCCCUCACAUCGACACUAUCGAUAUGUUUACACAGGCUUUAGAAGGAAGUGAGAGGAGGCUGAUGAAGGUGGGCUAUGAAAGUGAGUGUAUUUUCAUCCAGCAGAGCCUGAGAUAGACAGCGUGAGAGGGAGUGGUGGAUAGGGAUUAUCCGAGGAAAGAUAAAAAAGACUGCUGCAGACAAAAAAAUCCGCUUUAUCCACCAUAUCAGGCACCAUGCAUCAGGUGUGGCUGUUCCCCAUGGUGCAGUGCGUACUGUCGGUGUCCGUGAUUGGCAUGAAUGUCAGGCUGUGUAUGUGUUUGGAUUCGGGUAGCCAUGUAAAGAGUGUUUCCUCCUGUCUAAAGCUCUGUUUGGGCUGGGUGGGAGCUAUCGGGGGAGCUAUGGACAUUCCAAUCAACAUGCUUCUGAACCUGCGGAGCACUCAGUGCCUGUACACAUGCAUCAUGUUGGUGUGCUUCCCCCUGCUGGUCAGACAGUUCACUGUGUGGCUGCUGCUGCUUCUCAUCCUCAAUACGCACUUACAUUGCCGAUUAGGACACAGGUAUGCAAGUUUGGUAACACGUCGGCGGAUGCUGUGCCUGGUGCUCCUCAGCUGGCUUUGCUCUGUUGUAACUGCCUUCGCACAGUUCAUUGUGUGCAACUCAGUGGACACUUGGGGCACGGCUGGGCUGGGAUUCAUCUGGCCCAACCACACUACCCAUAAGUCACACCCUCAAGCCCCAUCAGUGAUUGGCAAGCACCUUCCUUAUGGUGGAUUCCUGUCCAAGUUUCUAGUGGAGGACCUGAACAACUUCACCUACGCAGAGAUUCACAGCAGCCACUGGGGCGUCUGUGCUCAUGACACUGUCCUCAGACCAGCCUUUCUGGUCUAUGUCUAUGAUGUUGCUGUUUUUUUAAUUCCACUACUUAUUCUGCUGGGUGUGUAUGUAGAUCUUAGGUGUGUCAUGUCACGACAGGCUGUGAUGAGUCUCUCUGAGCUCCAGAUGAAAACCUCAGGCUGGUCUCGCUCUCUGGUUCUGUCCUUGUGUCUCCUGGUUCUCCUGUGCUUACCCCUGUACACCAUCCAUGCUUUGCAUCUCUAUGCCCCUCGCAGACAAUUGCCUCUUUGGGCAAAUUAUGUGGCCUCCAUCCUCUUCCAGACUUAUGGUUUGGUUCCUCCAGUCCUUUUCAGUUCCUCUCCUCAAAAAGCGACUACACGUAGUGAAUCUCUGGCUCUAAAAACAGUUAUCUCACAGCUGAAGCCUAUUCCCCCAACACCCUUGGAGUUCUGUUCACCUGAGCCAAUGCCAAAAGGCAAAACACGUUUAAGGGUGUGAUGCCAUGAUGUUGGUUUUCACAAAAUCCAAACCUUUGUCAUUGUUCUCAGUAGGCUAAAACCAAUUAGCUGAUUUUAAAUACUGGUUUCGCCACAGUGACUGUGAUGCCUACUCCAUGAAAAUGAUGUAAGCUAUUCUUUCCACUGUUUCUGAAUAAUUAUGAUUUCCUGUCAGCUAGCUGUAAUACUUAAAUUAAUACACCCCUGACAACCACUCAAAUAACAGUAAUGGUGCUGUCCUAAUCGCAUACCUCAGAAGGAUUAACUGGCUACAUGUACUAUAGCCCAGUGAUGAAGACUGAUCUGAGCGUGUUUAAUUAAACCAAGAGUAAUAAUAACAUCUAGGAUGGGAGGUCAUAAUAAUUGUAUUCAAACAUAAUUGACCUCAGAUUUCAUUGCUAUUUGAUUAAACGUGUCUUUCUCGUGUGUAGCCUGAAUAAAAUGCAUAGCUCACCACUAAUUGGGUUCUUUAUUAUAUUGGAAACAGCACUGACAAAAAAAUGACCCUGUCUGAUAUUCAAAUUGCACAAAGGUCUUGGCUCCUUUCCCUCUCAUUUCGCCCACUCACUCUCCAUCUCCUUUUUUUAAGGUGGAAAUCUCUGGCCAAGCCACUCUUUCGUCCUGCGCAUUUCACAAUUCACUGCGUUAUGAUGAGUGGUCCCUUCUGACUAUUGCUUCAUCUGUCUCAACUGUUCAUCUCUCUCUCUUUCUCUCUGAAGCUUUUUCUGUCUCACUGAAGUGUAGGCCACACAGGUCCCUUGCUGCACAGUGCUAUUGAAAGGUGGGGGACGAGAGUAAAAAGGAAAAGUUCUCCUGGAUAGAGAGGCCCAUUCGAUUGUACUCUGUGCUUGAAAAACCUUUUUGUUCCCUGCUGGCUAGAGCAGCUCCCCCCUGUUACCACACGACUUCAAUCAAUCCAUAGGAUUUAAUCUUAGCCAGGCUUUCUGCAUGAUUGAGGUCACUCCAAAGUAAGAAAAUGUUUAAAAAUUUUUUUAAAAAUUAGGUAGCUAACAUUCAGAGUGCGACUUAAGACAUCACUAUCCGAAGGUGAGGUACUAUAUGUUAUAUCAAAACUAUUUAAAUCACCAUAAAUGCAUUCUGCAUGCUCUUAUCAUAAAAAAACCCAGAAAUGAUCAGUAUUUCACUACGUGCAAAAAUGAGACAGUUCAGAGUGAGGGAGAUUAAACUUACUAUAAGCAUAAAACUUCAUUAUGUUAAAGUUUGUAUUAGACAGAUAACCAAACCUGCAUUUAGCCAGCUAGCAUGUCUGUGCAUUGUUAAAAACGGGUAAUUUGCUAUCUUUGUUGAUAAUGUGUAACAUUGCAUUUGGACUUGUUUCAAUAAUAACGUAUUUCAAUAAAAAAAAAAAAUUCAGUAAUAAAUUAUUAUGGGCUAUUUUAUAGCUAUAUGUUGAAGCACAAAUUCCGUAACCUGUGUGUAUGUGUGUGUGUGUGUGUGUGUGUGUGUGUGUUAAUUAUAUAAAACGUGCAUACAGUCUUUAUAAAAGAAAGGUUGGAAUGCAAAAACAGGAAUGUUUUUUUCUUCAGAGAGGGUAGAUUUGUUUUAAAUUCUGUUUUUAUUCUAUUUCUGAAUCAUAAAUAAAAUAUUAGUAGCAGUGAGACCAGGCUGCAUAUAGUGGAUUCAGGAUACCUGACUAUUCCCAGCUCAUCCCAUCACCUCAAAGCAAAAGGAACUUAAAACUAUUAUAAACUGAUGUUAACUAAAACCAAGGCUUUGCUUGCUUCAGGAUAUGAAACUAUAAAGUUGUCAAAACUACCACUAAAACCCUGUUGGCUUAUAAGUGGAUCACUAAAACAAGCGGGCUUCUGAGAUGGGCUAUGCUCUAUGCCAGGCCUGAGUAAAGUCCACACAUCUCCCUGACUCAGUAUGCAAGUUUAAUUAAUGGAUCUCCUAGUAUUAAUUCAAAGUGACUGGACAUGUUAUAAAACAUUUUUCUAGCCAUCUGAAGGGCUUCAUUAGUUCUAAUGAGUAAAACCAAUGAAGCCCUUUUGGAUAAGUGGUGUAGAGUCUUAGCAGUUAUAAAAUGAGUCCAAUCGACUGACUCUACUGACACCACUGAAGAGCUUUCACCACUCCUAGGCGAGACUUCAUUAGUUAGUACUGAGCGAAACUGAUGAAGCGCUUCAGAGGGGUGGCAAAGCAUUUUCAGGAUUAUAACACAUGCCCAGUCACUUUGAACUAACAGAACUAGACAUACAAAAUGAUCUGGGUGGCUGAAAAGCUUCUUAGACCUAUUGUGACCUAUUGUUUGACUGAAACCUAUAACACUGAUAUGACCAGAUAUUUAGGACGGCCUGGGAAAAGCCAAAGGAUAUCAAGCCCAAAUUGUUUUUUUUCUGCUUAUACUUUGGCAUACAGUCCCCUCCGAAAGUAUUGGAACGGCAAAGCCAGUACUAUUGUUUUUGCCAUACACUGAAGACAUUUGGGUUUGAGAUCAAAAGAUUCAUAUGAGACAAUAGAUCAGAAUUUCAGCUUUCAUUUCCUGAUAUUUACAUCUAGAUGUGUUACACAACUUACAGCAUGGCACCUUUUGUUUGGACCCACCCAUUUUUCAAGUGAUCAAAAAUAUUGGAACAUGACAGGGUGUGCCCUGUUAGAUCGACUGUUUAAGCAAUUAAUAGCUCUGAAUAUCAACUCUUGGUUUGAGUCUUGUGUUCCACCUCUGAAGACUACAUUUGUUGUUAAAAAGGAUAAACCAUCAGGAAGACCAGCUGUCUAUGAGAGAAAAGCAAGCCAUUUUGAAGCUGAGAAAAGAGGGACAAUCGAUCAGAGCCAUUGUACAAGUAUUGGGAAAAACCGUGAGAGCUGUGAAGAAAAACCUAAAAACAACAGUCAGUGACAACAACAACAACCUCCACAGGGCUGGAGUGAAUGUAUCACAAUCCACCGUCAAAGACUUUGAAAGCAGAAAUAUAGAGGCCAUACCACAAGAUGUUCACCACUCAUCAGCAGUAAGAAUUUGCAAAGAAAUAAAGAGAUGAGCCACAAAAAGUUCUGGAGCCAAGAUUAACCUCUACCAAAGUGAUGGAAAUGCCAAAGUGUAGAGAAAGAACGGAUCUGCUCAUGAUCCAAAACAUACAAGCUCAUCAAUCAAACACGGCACAUUUCUACUUCUGGAACAGGCUCACUAAUCUUUAUUGAUGAUGGAACUCAUGAUGGUAGCAACAGAAUGAAUUCAGAAGUCUACAGAAACAUUCUGUCUGCCAGUUUACAGAGAAAUGCAUCCAAUCCAAGGAACUUCAUCAUGCAGCAAGACAAUGACCCAAAACACACUGCCAACACAAACAAAUUACCAGACAUGAACCCAAUUGAGCUGCAUUUCACCUCCUGAAGAGGAGGCUGAAGGGAGAAACCCCCUAAAACAAACAACAGCUGAAAGCAGCUACAGUACACGCCUGGAAAAGCAUCACAAAAGAAGAAUGCAACAGUACGGUGAUGUCACUGGAUCGCUGGUUUGAUGCAGUUAUUGCAAGCAAGGGACAUGCAACCAAAUAUUAAGCGUUAUUUACUUUCAUUUACUUUAAGACCAUCUGUUCCUAUACUUUUGCUCAGAUAAAAAUUGGGUGUUCUGCCACCAAAGGUGUCAUGUUGUAAGUAGUUUAACACCUCUAGAUGUAAAUAUCGGGAAAGGAAAGCUGAAAUUCUGAUCCAUCAUCUUAUAUUCAUCUUCUGAUCUCAAACCCAAAUAUCUUCAGUGUAUAGCACAGACAAAAGAAUUGGCCUUGCCGUUCUACUAUUUUCAGAGGGGACUGUAUCCAGAUGUAUUUAUUUAAGAAAUCAUAAGUAUAUUUCACCAAAACUAUGAAGGAAUGUUUUUAUUCACUUU